AUGGGAGAACAUGCAAAAGUCCUUACAGACAGUAAACAGAUGGCGUGGAGCAGGACUUCAAUCUGCCUGUGGCUCUUCCUGGCGCUGUUCGAUCACCUUUGCUGUUUCCCCCUGAGCCGUCGGAGGCCCUUCACCAACUCCCUCCAACUGACGCGCACCCUACGCACCAGAGUAAACCAGCUCCUUCUGGGAUACAAGCUGGAGUAUUUCGCUGAUCAACACUUUGAACACCGGACGUUCGUACUGGCAUCUCUACCAUCAGCCACCAUGAACUAUCGAACCUGGCUGCAGAUGCAGGACGCCCAGCGUUUGUCCGGCGCCUCUCGUGAUCUCCAGAUUUACUGGCGGCACCUGGAGCUUCAGCUUCAGAAGAUGAACCAAGAGAAGACACAAGGCCGCCUGUGCCAAAGCAUGCUGAGAAUUCAGCUGGACCUGCGCGACCUCAUGAGACAGGUGAACGCCCAGCUAGCGAUUAUGAAGACGGGUGCCACCUCGAAAUCGACCAGCACUUCCUCACCGACCACGUCUGGCUCAUCCAGCACUUGGGCUUCGACCACAUUCCAGAUCAGAUCCUCUCGCUCCAGUGGUUCGAGCCUCGGUUCCACUCCUGACAUCCCCAAACCUGUGACCGCAGUGAAGCCCUCGCGUCCCGGAUCCUCCAGCUUAACUCCUUCUACCUCAGGCCUGACUUCGACCUCCAGCGGAGAACGGGCCGAACCUGCUAAACCCGCCAAGUUAUCCUCGGCUACUUUAACCACGCAGAGUAAAGCGAGGGCCACGGAGUCUGGUCCGUCCAGGUGGGUGUCGCGUCUCGAAGGCUACGUCAUCCUUCGGGACCUGGAGCGCUACCUGAGCAGGCUGGUGCGGGAUUACGCACUGCUGCAGGCUAAAUACAAGCGCAAUUAG